UGGAGCCUUGACCAGGCCAAGCGUGAGAGGAGUGCAACCGCAUCGCGACUAGCAGUAGAGGGGGGCACGGACAGGAAAGUGGGCGCACGAGGAGCGAACCUUCGUUGUCUCUCUCCCGCAUCCAAAAUGAUGGUGGCAGCACGGCCGCAGCGUGCGGCUCAGACCACGCCCCUCCUGAGCAUUAGCAUGCUCUUGGUCGUGACAGUAGCAGGAGCGGGGGCCUCGACAGUCGCUAGCGUCAUGCCCAUGGCCUUCGCCGGGGGCGACCUCGUAGCAAACCUCAAGGAAGUCGGGGAGGCGCCGGUACGAACAGUCUCCUGCGUCGGCGCGCAGGGGUCGGGCAAGUCCACCCUCAUGAAGACUAUGUUCGGGCAGGGGGCCAGCAACCUCGCGCUCCUAGAGGCGAGGAGCAGCGCGGCCUUCGUGCCGGAGACGAACGAGGUGGAGGUGGGCGCGGGGCAGGCGAUGGUGUCGCUGGCGGUCUCAGACGCGACGAUUUACAACGUGCUGGUCCACGACUUGCGCCGACCCGACGCUCUGUCGGAUGUUCAGCCUGCACUUGAGGAACUCCUGACGCUCUACGAGGACGGGGUGGUGGACCCCGAGCAGCCAAAAACUUUCGUGGUGGCCGUCCGCGAUUGCGAGGACGGCGACGAGGCCGAGCUCGAGAAGCGGGUCGGGGAGAGGCUGCAGGCGAUCUGGGCGGCCGCCGUCAAGCCCGAGGGGUUCGCGGGAUCGGCGCUAUCAGACGUGCUGGACGUGAAGGUCUUCACGUUGCCCCACCACAGCUUCGCCAGCGACGAGUACCUGCUAGGGGCGGGCCUGCUCAAGAACAGCGUCAUGGACGGGGCCGCCGGCACUCCGGCGGUGGAGGUGGCCCGCCUGCUCCAACAGGUGUCGUCCUACGCGGGGCCGGCGACGGAGUCUGUCGGGAGCAACGCCCUGACCGCCUCAUUCAUUUCUAGCUCGGCGGCGGUCAAGUGCAUGGCCAGCUUCAAGUCGCUUGUGGGCCGAAUGGGAGCGGGCUUCGAGGAGCUCAACACCGACUUCGGGGAGCUGUGCGACGGGGUGAUCGACACGGUGCUACAGGAGUACGACGAGGCCGUGGACGGGGUGAGCGGCGCGUCGGGGGUGCUGUCCCGCAAGAAGGCCGAGCUCAAGAGACACUGCCUGCGGGAGCUGGGCUUGAGGCAUGCAGACCAGGUUGACCUGUUGCGUACGGCGGCGAGGGCAAAGUUCGACGAGACGCUGUCGGGAUUGCGGGUCAGCCCCGACGUCGGCAAGCAAAUGAUGGACGCCAUCCAGGAGGCCGACAAGUUCUUCGCCAAGACGGUCAGGGGCAUGAACAGCCGACACGGAUCUUGGCCGUCAAACAGCGUACGGAAGGAACUCCGGGAUGAGAUGCGGGAGUUUGCUAGCGAGCGCUUGCAGCUGGUGCAGGCGCAGGGCGGCAUGGUCCGCAUGCAGAAGCGCAAGCCCGUGGGCAUGGCGUUCCACUGGUUCCUCCCCAAGCCGUUCGGGCAACAGGCGAGGGAGAGCCGCCUGGACCUUACUGACCCCAUGAGGUAUACCUACAAGGCAAACCAGGCGUCGCCGAUGUUCAUGGAGCUCUUGUGUCCGUCGGCCCAGGAGGUGUCACUCCCUUCCGAAGGGAUUGAGGAAACGGAGAUCCACAAGGACGUGAAGCAGUUGCAAAAGGUGUCGCAGAUUUUGGUGAGGAGGCACGACGAGCGGUUGACGAAAGCGCCGGACGUCUUCGUAGACGGCACCACCCGGGGGGACCCGGAAAAAAUCAAGAGGGAAUUCUACCGUGGGGACGACUGAUCGUGAUCGGGAUCGAUGAUUGGUCCGACUGCUGCUGCUGCUGCUGCUGCUGCUGCUGCUGCCCGUUACGCUGCACCACCCGCCCACCACGUGUUUCCUCCGCUGCCGUUGCGAUAAGUUAGCAGCAGGCGUCGACAUGCAAGUGGUAUGUUCUAGUGAGAGCCCUCUUUAAGGUGUGCGAGGACCCGGGGUCAAGCUACAACACAGGUCAGUUGAUGCUCUUUCGAAAUUUGAGCACACUUGUCUACGAGAGACGGUCGGUUGACCCCGAGGGCGCCGUGCGUACACUCUUUGGAGCGGAGCAGAAGACACGAAAGGGACGGGGCAGAUUUGUGUAGGCGGUUGCUGUUGUUUAGCGUUUUGAUGAAACCUCAUUUUUUCUGCGACCAGUCUGUUUCACGAGCGGUAGCGGUAGCGGUAACAGUAGCGGUUUAGCCAACUUGGU